UUCCUGCUUCCUCCUCCCAGCACCACGGAUCCACCGAUUCCAGCGUCGCCUAGCAUUCUGCGUUCGCCGGCAUUCUGCGGCACGGAUUUUGAGUCUGCGUGACGAGCCUUUUUGCGUUAGAGCUCAAUGGAUCCGUUUUCCCGCUACAGCCGGGCACGGCCCGCUGCGUCGCUACAGGCGGUGCUGGCCUUGCAGGCGGCCGUGGCGCUGAUCGGCGCGCUUAUGGCCUUCCCCGUGCUCUCCGACGCCGCCUCGGUUGUCGACGUCUACAGAAUGAUCCAGUACGAUCUCGGCGGCGCGCCGUUCGGGUCGCGCAAGGCGUCGUUCAGCCUGUACGCGUCGUCGGGGCUGUCCACGUCAGCAGCAUCCGAGGCGGAUCUGAUGCGCGCCGUGAUCGUGGUGCCGAUCCAGCGGAUCAACUUCACCCUGCUGGACGAGGUGGUGGCUGGAUCCCGCAAGGUGGGAGGGCUGCUCUUCAUCCUGCCACGCCACUUCAGCUCCUCGCUGCCAGAUGGCGGCCAGGGAGAGGACGACGACGCUGACGAUGACGUCAGCAGGGCCGGGGCGGCGGGGGAUGCGGAGGAGAUUAAGGAGCAUAUUAAGGUGGUGGCGCGGCUGGAGGAGCGCCUGCUGGAGGCCAACAUACCGGUGCCUGUUUACUUUGCGGUUGACAAUGCUGAGCUGUCAAAGCUGGUGGCUGACGUGGAGAGCAACGACAGGGCGGGCAAGCCUGCAUCGGCCACAAAUGGCGGCUUCAAGCUCGUGGUGGCAGCCGGCGAGCCCCGCAAGCUGCCGGCGUCGUCGCCUCUGCCCGCCAUGGAGGCGUGGCUGUACGGCACCGCGCCCGCACAGGGGCAGGGCGGCAGGAGGGACGCGCUGCCCAUAGUGGCAGUGGUGGCGCCGUACGACACCUUCGGCCUUGUGCCUUCCUUGUCAUCCGGGCCUGCCAGCAGCGCCAGCGGGGUGGCGGCGCUGCUGCAGCUGCUGCGGCUGUUCUCGCGCCUCUUCGCGCUGCUGCCGUCGUCGCGGCCGCCCUUCCACCUGCUCUUCCUGCUCACAGCGGGCGGCCCCUACAACUACGACGGCACCCGGCAGUGGCUGGCGUCGCUGGACCAGAGUGUGCUGGACCGCCUCGAGUUUGCCAUCUGCCUGCGCGCCAUUGGUGCAGGGGCAGAGGGGGAGGGCGAUGCAGAGGGGGUAGAAGAGGCGGCAAGCAGGGCCCUGCAUCUGCACGUGUCGCGGCCCCUCAAGGACCCCACCAUCCGAGCACUCUUCCAGGGCCUGUCAUCCGCGGCUGCCGUGGUGGCACCGCCUGUGGCCGUGCGCGCGGUGCACAAGAAGGUCAACAUCUCCGACUCGCGCGUGCCCUGGCAGCACGAGCUCUUCUCACGCCGCAAGCUCGUCGCCGCCUCCCUCUCCGCCCUGCCCACCCCGCCGCGCUUCCUGCGCCACUGGGGCGGGUUGGCUGACACCAGGUCGUCCGUAGAUGAGAACCAUCUCCUCGCUGCAACGCGUCUCGUUGCCGAAGCCAUCGCGAGCCACAUAUUCAGCAGCAGCAGCAGCAGCAGCAGCAGCAGCGGCGCACCCCCGUCAGACGGAGGGGCUGCAGGCGCCACCCCCAUUGACUUCUUCCCGCCCAACUCCUCGCUCUCCCCCAGCCUCCCCUACCUCUCCCACUGGCUCUCCCUCCUCUCGCACUCGCCACGUGUCGCCCCGCUACUGGCCAAGGACGACCCAAUAAUUGCCGCCAUGCAAGCAGAGCUGGCAGCGCAUGCGGACAAGGUGGAGGUGAGGAGAGCAGCGCUGGACCCCUACUAUGCGCUGUACUCCACGCCGCAUGCGCAAAUGAACAUUUACCAGGUGGCUAGUAUCACCUUCGACUUGGUCACGUUCCUUGCGGUGGCCAUCUACCUCUCCUCUCUCUUUGUCAUCCUCCAUACAGCCACCAAGGGCUUUGAUGACUUGUUGGCUCUCUUCAAGGGCAAGCCGCCCCACCGCAAGGCAAAGCCGUCUUGAUUUUCUCAUUCCGCGCGUUCCAUCUUGUGUUGACCCCCUCCUUGGCUGACAACUGUUUCUCUCAUGGAGUAGCUUGACUUGACUGCAUCACUGCGAGGGGAGUUUUGUGUUGUAGAUUUUGGUAACAAAAGCUCCUUCUGGGAGGAGUAUUUCUCUAAGGUGGCAAGGAAAUAUGUUUAGGUAUGUCAAGCUCAUG